GAUGACAGCGAGGUCACGUUCUCCCUCCACUCGGCUUCUGUUUUCUGCGUGAGCCUCGACCCCAAGACCAACACGCUGGCGGUGACGGGCGGGGAGGAUGACAAGGCCUUUGUGUGGCGCGUGAGCGAUGGAGAGCUCUUGUUCGAAUGCUCAGGACACAAGGACUCAGUCACCUGUGCCGGCUUCAGUCACGACUCUGUGUUUGUGGCCACGGGUGACAUGUCUGGGCUUAUCAAAGUGUGGCGGGUGGACUCCAAGGAAGAAGUGUGGUCCUUCGAGGUGGGGGACUUGGAGUGGAUGGAGUGGCACCCUCAAGCCCACGUCCUUCUGGCGGGCACGGCUGAUGGCAACUCCUGGAUGUGGAAGAUCCCGAGUGGAGACUGCAAAACCUUCCAGGGCCCUGCAUGCCCGGCCACGUGUGGCAGGAUCCUGCCUGAUGGGAAGCGAGCAGUGGUGGGGUACGAGGAUGGGACCAUGCGCAUCUGGGACCUGAAGCAGGGAACCUCACUGCAUGUCCUGAAAGGCCAGGACGGCCACCAGGACCCCUUGACGUGUGUGGCCAGCAACCAGGACGGCAGUUUGAUCAUGACGGGUUCUGUGGACUGUCACGCCAAGCUGGUUAACUCCGCCACGGGCAAGGUGGGUCCGUGUGCGCGGGGGCAGAGCCAGGAGCCCUGGGAGACCGGCUUCCUGAGCCCCUGUCCUGGGCCAGGCCGGUGUCUCCGGGUGGUUCAGGGCUCUGCAGGCCCCGAGCAGCCUGUGGUGGCCACCGGCAGCCAGCAGGAGGCGCCCUUGGCCAACACAACUGCUUCCUCCCUGCUACUG